AUGGCAGAAGGUGGACACAUCUGCCUCAUCGUAGCCGGCUUGUUGGCAGCAAUUGGGAACUUGCCUAAAGCGAACGGUCAAACGAAUCAAAUAAUAAACUACGUAUACAGCAAUAAUGGUUUAGGUGCCUACAGCUUUGAGUUUAAAACCUCUGACGGUACCUAUAGAAAAGAGGAUGGUGGUUUCAUUAAUAGCGCCGGGAAAAGUACCCUAAGUAUUCGAGGAGAGUAUGGAUAUUUCAAUCCCACAGGACAGUAUUACAGUGUGCGGUACAUAGCAGACGCCAAUGGAUUUCAGCCAAAAAUUGAUGACGAUGGACUAAUGAUGUUCGCUGUCAUUGCUGCAGCAUCAGCGGCUCCUCAAAACCCACAAGACGUCCAGAUCGUCCGCUAUGAGAGCGAUAACGCUGGAUUGAACUCAUACAGCUUCGCGUGGGAGCUGUCGGAUGGUAGCAAACACGAAGAACAAGGACAGCUGAAGAACCAAGGAACUGAUAACGAAGCUCUUGCGGUUCAGGGACAAUACGGCUGGGUUGGACCAGACGGCGUAUCGUAUAUCAUAACCUAUAUCGCCGAUGAAAACGGCUUCCAGCCUCAGAUCCAGCAAGGCCCCGGUGGGGCUAUCCCCUCGGCAGUGGUUGCUUCCCUAUUAGGU